CUUGAUCUCCUCCUCGAGGGCGAGCUUCUCCUGGUGAGCGGUGGCCAGGUCCCCGCCGGCGCCCCGGGGGCCGUCGGCGGCGCGGUCGGAGCUGUCGAAGGCGGCGAGGAGGCCCUGGAGGCGCUUGACCUCGGCGCGGAGCCCCGCGGCCUCGCCCUCGGCCUUGGCGGCGGCGCGGUCGGCGGCGGCGAUGUCCUCGCGGGCCCCGGCCACGAGCGCCUCGAGGCGGGCGGCCUCGGCGGAGAGGAAGCCGUUCUCGUGGCGCACCUCGGCCAGCUUCUCCUCCAGGCCGUGCUUGGCCGCGCGGAGCGCGUCCAUCUCCUCCGGGUCGUAGGCCUUGGCGUGGCCCCCGCCGUUGGUGAGCGCGGGGCCGAAGCCGAGGUCGAACUCCGCGGCGGCCGCCGUCGGGGACGCGAAGGUCUCGUCGCCGUUCUCCAUCUCGAAACCCUUUUCCUCUCUCUCUCUCUUUCUCUCUCUCUCUCUCUAGGUCGCGCCGCGUGUGCCGCUGCGCUGGAUGGGGGAUGGCAAAGGAGAUUUCGAAAGGGGGAGCCGCCUCUGCCUGCCUGGGCCUCCGCGAAUAUAUCAUGGGCUCAUGCCCGAUCCCCAAUGUUCCGAUCCGACGGUCGGGAAAUGCCGUCCCCGAUCGGACGGCUGAUGUGGGGCGACGCAUUGGAAAGCCUAGCCAGGGUUGCGUCGCGUCCACGGGGGAAAAGCAGAGGAGGACGGCUCGGCUGGAUUCCAUCUCCCCACUCGGCCACUCCCCUCCCCACCCAACCCCGUCGCCGCCGGAUCCAUUGCGCUGCGGCGAGGACGGCCACGAGGCGAUCCCCGCCCUGCGCAGGGGCACGAUGGCUGACCAUGACCCAGAGUUGGAGGCCAUCAGGCAGAGGCGAAUGCAAGAGAUAAUGGGACAGCGUGGUGCGCCAAGCCAACAAAAUGCAGGGCAACAAAAGGCCCAGGAGGAAGCAAAGCAGGAAGCUGAGGAACGCCGGCAGAUGAUGCUUGCUCAGAUACUGUCUUCUGAAGCUAGAGAGAGGCUCUCCCGCAUAGCUUUGGUCAAGCCUGAUAAAGCAAGAGGAGUGGAGGAUGUUCUGCUGAGAGCUGCACAAACUGGUGGAAUAUCUGAAAAGGUUUCUGAAGAAAGGCUUAUCUCACUUCUGGAGCAAAUCAACACACACACAAGCAAACAAACCAAAGUGACGAUUCAGAGGCGUCGCAACGUCCUUGACGACGAUGACUAGUUGGUAAACUUGAUGUAGACUAUGCUGGAGCGAAUGGGUGGCAGCUGUGUAUGCUUGAUUCAACAACCGUUCAAACCUGACAAACUAUUUGAUUGAUCUUUGGGUUGUAUAUGAUCUGGAUAUUAUUUGAGGGUUUUAUUGGUAACAGUUGCAUGCGUUGCUUCUACCCCUGAAACUCUCUGCAACACCUUUCAGUUGUGGUUGAUUUAUCGAAUCAUGUUAUCAGAUAAUGUUAAUCUGAAUGAAUUCAUCCUGUUCGAUGUGA